UCUGGUCGUUCAAGGGUUUACUUCUUGUUUCUGCCAAGAUGAAGCGAUCACGGAGGAGCGAAUUGUGGAAUCAUUUCACUGUUCUGGAUGAAGAGUUUGCGAAAUGUGGUUUAUGCGGCAAAAAGUUGUCGUACAAAACCAGCACGACGAACUUGAAGAAACAUAUCGAAAGGUCGCAUGUAAUGGUGAACUUUGCGACAAAUUCUUCAAGAUCCGUCGACCCUGUGUUGCCAGAGCCAGGUGAAGCCUCUCUUGCAGUGGAGUUGCCAGAAGAAGGCACCACAGCCAGCAGCACACAGGGGGAAGCAGUUCCCUCCACAUCACAGCAUCAGACAGCCAUCACAGAAUACGUUCCCAAAAAGAUGGGACUGAUUCAAAAGAAGAAGGUGGAUAGCAAAUUAAUGGGUCUGUUCACAAAAGACUAUCAACCUUUCUCUAUUGUAAAUGACUCAGGAUUUCGUAGUUUUGUACAUGCACUGAAUCCUGCUUAUGAAAUACCGAGUAGAAGGACUGUAACAAAUGUAAUGUUGCCAGCAGCAUAUGCAGAAGCAAAUGAGAAAGUACAACAAAAGCUGCAAGGCAUAAAGACAAUCUGUCUAACAACAGAUUGCUGGACAUCAGCUUCUAAUGAAAGUUACAUGGCUGUAACUGGACAUUUCAUACAUGAACAAUUCAGAUUACAGUCUGUACUGCUGGAAUGCAGUCAUUUCAGUGGUGCCCAUACCAGCUCAAAUUUGUCCACAGCUUUGAUUAAAAUUACGGACAAAUUUAGUCUUGGUGGCAAAAUUUUAAUGGUAGUCACGGACAAUGCACCAAAUAUAAAAAAUGCUAUUUCCACCAUUCUCAAGUGGAAACAUUUUGGUUGUUAUGCUCAUACUCUUAAUUUAGUUGUGUAG